CACGUUAGAGAUCACCAAACACGUACGGAGUCCCUCUUACUCAACUUGCCCUCCGUGAAGCAACUCUCUUUCCAUUCCAUUCAACGGUCCCAUACCUGAUCCCAAAGCGCUCUAGCGCGAUAUCAAAGCCGAGGCUUGCCGUCACAAUCAGAGCUAUAAGCUCUCCGCUGCUCUUCUCUCUCUCCUUCCUUCCAACAUGUCAACCGCCAUUCCAGACCCUGUCGCUACUGCUCUUGUUUCUUCUGAGCAGAAUGGUCUAGUUCACGGUCUCUCAGCGGCGGAGUUCCAGAUUCUGUCGCUGACAUGCAUUGAGGCGAAGGCGACCGCUUAUUGCCCAUACUCCCUUUUCCGCGUCGGUGCCUCCCUCCUCAUCAACCCCAACACCGCAACCCCAUCCCCUACCUCCACACCCGCCAUCAUCACCGGCGCUAACGUAGAAAACGCAUCCUACCCCGUUGGGACUUGCGCCGAACGCGUUGCAAUGGGCACAGCAGUAAUUCAAGGCCACCGCAUCGGGUCAUUUAAAGCCAUCGGUGUAGCUACGGAUAUGGAUGAUUUCUGCUCUCCGUGCGGGAUGUGUCGGCAAUACCUGCGAGAGUUCUGUGAGAAUGAGGUCCCGAUUUUCAUGUUCAAUAAGAGGGGCGAGUACAGGGUUAUGACGUUGGGGGAGCUGUUGCCGAUGAGCUUCGGGCCGGAUAAGCUGCCGAGUAGGGAGGUGUUGGCGAGAGGGUUAGAGGAGGAGGGAAAAACCAAAGUGGCUUGAAAUAUAUAACAUUGGGUAGACAAGGUGUGGUAUACUUUUUGCGUAUUCUGGAGAUCUGUAACUCUAUCUAGACCGGUGCUUUGGAAUCAGGAGAGUGCUGGGAUUGAGGCGAGAUAGGAAUGCCCGAGAUGGUGAAAGCUAG